AUGUCUAGUCUAUGUUCCGCCACGCCAGUUAAAAUUUCUCAGUUGUUGACAACCAGCUUUGCAAGACGACGGAUCAUAAAUCCCCUUUCUAUAUCCCUAUGCCUUCGCAGAACUUAUGUUUACAUUUUGCAAAGACCAAAGAACCUCAUAAGCUUAGGGACUUUAAAAAAUAAUGCGAAAGCAACCAAAGAGCAUAAACGGAUUGGCCGUGGACCUGCCUCAGGCUGGGGUAAAACUUGCAGUCGAGGUCAGAAAGGUCAAAAAGCUAGAAGUAAAGUAAGACGUGGUUUCAUGGGAGGCCAAACACCAAUUACGCGAGCUUUUCCAAAACGGGGCUUUUAUAAUCUUAAUUCAAAAGUCUGGAUACCCUUGAAUCUCGAUCGACUUCAGCAUUGGAUCAAUACUGGUAGAAUUGAUCCCACAAAGCCAAUUACCAUGAGAGAACUUUUAGAUUCAAGAUGUGUACAUGGGGUUAAAGACAGUGUCAAGUUAUUGUCAGAAGGAGCACAAUAUUUUACAACACCCGUUACGAUUGAAGUAGCUCGUGCCUCUCGAUCAGCAAUCAAAGCAAUAAAGAAGGUCAGCGGAGAUGUCACCUGUAGGUAUUUUAAUAGGCUUUCAUUGAAAGCUACUCUAAUGCCCAAGAAAUUCUGGAAAAUCUCUAAGUUCGCUGACCCCGUAAAGACAAAGAAUAAAG